ACCAUUACAUCACACAGUAAGCAAUAGUCCACGACACGAGUGCGCGGGUUCUGAAACCCUAAGCGUAGUACGCACCCGCGUCAUUCCCUUCAGCGCAUCGUAGCAAUCUCAGCUCCAUCGUCUUCUUCCCAAACUCUAAUUUCAUUUCAAUUCCUUUCAUCAAUUUUCAAAUUUCAUAAAUUAUGAGUACCAGUAGCAACUUCCUCUCACCAUCAACCAAACGCUCCAUAUCCGGUUUACCCGACCCGAAUCCAUCUCAUCCAAAUGGAUCUUCCAAGCGCCCAAAACCUUCCAAGCCUCAACAACAACCACUCCCCAUCCCUCCCGGACACGUGGCAUUCCGUCUCCUCUGUAACUCCUCCCGUAUCGGCGGCGUCAUCGGUAAAUCCGGCGCCGUAAUCAAAACCCUCCAGCAGUCAACCGGCGCUAAGAUCCGAAUCGAGGAUUCUCCAAAUGAGUCACCGGAUAGAGUAAUUAUGGUCAUCGCCUCCAGUAAUCUCGAACGGAAAGUUGUUCUGAGAAGCAACGGCGGUGAUGGUGAGGCAAUCGAGGUGUCGAAUGCGCAGGAGGCACUUUUGAAAGUGUUUGAUAGGAUUUUGGAAGUUGCUGCAGAGAUGGAAGGCAUUGUACUUGGGGAUAGGACAGUGUCGUGUCGGCUUGUGGCGGAUUCGGCGCAAGCUGGUUCUGUCAUUGGGAAAGGAGGGAAAAUGGUGGAGAAGAUUAAAAAAGACACGGGGUGUAAAAUUAGGGUUUGUAAGGAUAAUUUGCCAGCUUGUAUAUCAUCUCCUGAUGAAGUGAUUGAGAUAGAAGGCAGUGUGUCAUCCGUAAAGAAGGCACUUGUUGCUGUCUCUCGUAAUCUUCAAGAUCGUCAUCAUGCUGAUAGAACAAAGAUGAUGGGACAAAAUCCUCCUCGUGAAGUGGUUCAUCACGAAGUUUUAGUUGGACUACCUCGCGAGACUUUAACUUCAGUUCCACGUGAGACUUUUAUUGGAGCUCCACGUGAGACUUUAAAUGCAGUUCAACGCGAGACAUUCACUGAUCUGCAUAUGGAUAAUUUUCUGCAAAGGGGCUCUGCACUCUCUACUUUACCUAGUAGCUCUAGCAGCUACACAACAGGAGUUCAUUCGUUGUCGGCAGAAGUUAAUAGAGUCUCAUCGCUGGAACCAAAAGCGCAUCAGCAAGAAAUCACCUUCAAAAUGAUUUGUUCCAAUGAUAGAAUCGGAGGUGUCAUUGGAAAGGGUGGUAACAUAGUUAGAGCUCUUCAAAGUGAAACAGGGGCCACUAUAAAUGUUGGUCCUUCAGUAGCUGAGUGUGAGGAUCGAUUAAUUACUAUUACCGCAUCAGAGAGUCCUGAGUCUAGAUAUUCCUCAGCACAAAAGGCUACUGUGCUUGUUUUCUCCAGAUCUGUUGAGGCUGGUAUUGAUAAAGGGAUAAAUCCUGGAUUAAAUACGGGGUCAUCUGUGACUGCACGACUUGUAGUCUCAUCAAGCCAAGUCGGUUGUUUGUUAGGAAAAGGUGGAGCAAUAGUGUCAGAAAUGAGGAAGGCAACAGGGGCUAGCAUAAAAAUAAUUGGAGCUGAUCAGGUUUCAAAAUGUGCAUCGGAUAAUGAUCAAGUUGUACAGAUAUCAGGAGAGUUUUCAAACGUGCAAGAUGCAUUAUAUAAUGUAACUGGCAGACUGCGAGAUAAUCUUUUGGGUGGCACACAGAAUAGUGCUGGAACAAGCAGCCUUUCUUCUGUACGAGCUGAUACCAGUCCCUAUGGAAGACUGAGAGAUGUUCCUCUUGGAGGCCAAUCGACUUUAAGAGCUGAUACCAGUCCAUAUGUAAGACUGAGAGAUGUUCCUCUUGUAGGUCAAUCCUCUUUACAAGCUGAUACUAGUCCUUAUGUAAGACUGAGAGAUGUUCCUCAUGGAGGCCAAUCCUCUUUACAAGCUGAUAUCAGUCCCUAUGGGAGACUGAGAGAUGUUCCUCUUGGAGGCCAAGCCUCUUUACAAGCUGAUAUCAGUCCCUAUGGGAGACUGAGAGAUGUUCCUCUUGGAGGCCAAUCAUCUGUUGGUAUUUCUCAUAGUCUGAACAGGCACACUUUUUCCCAAGGAAUUGAUAACUUCGCUCUUAGUAGAAAUUACGACCGUCCUUCUUCCCCAGGCUUAUGGACACCGCCGGAGGUUGCUGGGAUCAAUUCAAGAAACAUUAAUGAAGCUAGUUGGGGAUUAACAUCUCGAAAAGGUGGCCUAAAACUUGUCAGUGGAAGUAAAUCUGCUAUUGUGACUAAUACAACAAUAGAAAUCGUGGUUCCGGAGGAUACUCUAUACCUUGUGUAUGGGGAAAAUGGUAGCAAUCUGGCUCGUCUGAGACAGAUUUCAGGUGCUAAGGUUGUUAUCCAUGAACCUCGUCCUGGAACAAGUGACAGGACUAUUGUCUUAUCUGGUUCACCUGAUGAAACCCAAGCAGCACAGAGCCUCCUCCAAGCAUAUAUUCUGAAUGGAUCAUCAUGACAUUUCCUCUCAAGGAUUGUCAAUUAGAUCAUAUGUAACUUAUUGAUUGUAUUGUUUUAUCUUUUCCUUUUAGUCCCCGCCUGAAAUCAUGUAAAAUCCAACCUUCCUGUAAUCUUGGCUUGAUCGAUGCAGACACGGCUCUCUACUGGACGUUAUUGUAGACAUCAAUUACUUGAUUAUUCAUUACACACCUCAGUAAGAUUUUGAGUUUUUUUA